CUUGUUCUUGACGACAACGACCAACCCUUGUCAGGCACAACAACUGCAGCAGCAACCUCGGAGGCUCACUUUUACCGAUAAUCAUCCUCCAGGACCACAGGACACAGGACAUCAGUAAGCACCAUGACUGCUUCGGCCACCGAGAGCGACCCGCAGCAAUGUCUUCACCAUGGACAUGCUUCUGGCCGCAGGUCGGGCACCAACAUACGGCCGGCACCACGCCGACGGGGCCUGCAGACGACCAUGAUGAUACUGCUCUAGGUGCCCGCGGCGCGGGCGUGCCCCCCUAUGCGAGUGCAACAUCGCUCAGGACUUCACCGGACACCGUCAACACUGUCAGCCACGCGCCCCAGCUGGUCCGAUGUUUCCGAGCCUUUGCCCGCCUGGGCACGGCGCAGUGCAAGUCCUACCUGCAUCACGGGUUUUGCCGUGGUAAAAGCAGUGCUAGUGGUUCCGCUGAGGGAAGAGCAUCACCCGUCAGCACCGCACGGCUCCGUGCGGAUGGGGUUGCGGCUGUGGGCAUGGGACUGUUUCUCCUGCUCAGAGAGCCCAUCAUCGUGCCUAUCUCUGUUCUUCGAGCGAGGGGGGAGCCAUGGGGAGUCCGAUCGCACACAGAUGAACAUAGAUGAUCCCCGGAACCGAUUCUCAAGGGCGAGAUGCACAAGUCAGUCUGUACUUGGUCAAGCCCAUCUUGUCACCAUUACCCCUCGUGCAGCACAGCUAUGCAACGGUCUUUGCCACGAAGUCAGAACCAGUGUCUAUGUUAUUAUCUUAUGAGCGCUAGAAUGCUGCAACAAUGCGCCACACAGCAGUGUUGUGGACCAUUAAAAGGGAUAUGUAGAGAGUGGGUUCCUGGCGGGAUGAAUGGUGCUAAGAAAACAGUCUAGUGGUAGGCUUUUGUGCUCUAUGAUGGAAAUUCCAAACAAAAAA